UUUCUGCCGAACUCAGCAUGAGAAGAUGUUUGACGGGUUAGAGGGUGACGAGUGAUGUUCAGUCGCACUCUCAACAUGUCGGGGUGGCCUCUCCUGCUGUGGCUCAUUCAUGCUGUGAGAACAGACUCCAUCGUCACUCAGUGGCCAGAUGUUGUGGACGUAACAGUUGGAAAUUCUGUUACUCUAAAAUGCAGCGUCAUGGAGCUGUACUCCCCCUGUUCCAGCGUGGCCUGGUUGAGAACCUAUCCAGAGAACACGACCUUGAGCAAGACCGAUACGUCUAAAGUCACUAUGCAUUCCUCUUCACACGGCUGGACUGAGGUCUGCUCAGCGGUCAUCUCCGGCCAGACUGUGGAGGAUUCUGGCAUGUACUACUGUGUGGUGGUGCAAGGCAAAUUCGCUCACAUCGGCAAUGGUUCCAGGGUUAUUGUGAAAGAUCCCACUGUGUCUCCAGUCGUGGAGGUCAUCUCUCCAGUGAGCUCCACUGCCUCUGUGGUUCCUCUGCAGUGCCUGGUCACUGGAGUUUUACAGACUCAGGUGAAAGUGUACUGGAUAAUAGACGGACAGCAGGUGAUGGGCCACACUAGAUGGACACACAGUGAAAACAUGGAGUUCACCAUCAACCAGCUCCUGCUUUCUGCUGAAGAGUGGCAGAGUCAGCCAGCGUGUGUGUGUGUGGUGGAAUACGGCCGAGAAGUGUUCAACAAGACGCUUCAGCAACCUGGUUCCUGCAGUGUGUGCCAUGUUGUAAGACUCCUCUACGUGGCUCUAACUUCCGUCUCUGCUCUCCUGAUCUGCAUAAUAAUAGUAGCCAAACUGGCUUUAUGGAUCCGAAACAAACGGAACCAGAUGAACGAUAACUGAGGACAAGAUCAUAAGAAGACUCAACAGAACAUAACACUUUGAUAAAAGUCUUUGUAAAGUGUGGAAUCAAUGCUCAGAACUUAAUCUAAGCCUGAAAAUCUGACGCUUUUAGAUCUUACGUAUUUAAUGUAUGUCACAUAUCAAUGUGAAGAUAAAAA